GUAAUACGCGCGUUCAUUGGUUCCGCUUCAGCCAAUCAGAGAAGCCGUAGUUUAGCUCUUCCUGUGUCCAUGUGAGAAUCUGCUACAUUCAGCUACAAGCAAUCAUGCUUCGUCGAGAGGCCAGACUGAGGAAAGAAUAUCUGUACAGGAAAGCCCAGGAAGACCGGCUCCGGACCAUAGAAGAGAAGAAGCAGAAGCUGAAAGGAGCACUCGACGAAAAUCGUCUUCUCCCCACUGAGGUGCGCAAAGAUGCUCUGCAGCUACAGAAACUUCUGGAGUAUGAUGAUGAAGGAGCAGAAGGUGUCAGCUCUCACAUGGAUGACGAGUAUAAAUGGGCAGGAGUGGAAGAUCCCAAAGUCAUGGUCACUACAUCCAGAGACCCCAGCUCCAGGCUCAAAAUGUUUGCCAAGGAGGUGAAGUUGAUGUUUCCAGGUGCCCAGAGAAUGAACAGAGGAAACCAUGAGAUCACCUCUCUGGUCAGAGCCUGUAAAGCCAACAACGUCACAGACUUGGUCAUCGUACAUGAGACCAGAGGGCAGCCAGAUGGACUGGUGGUGUGCCACUUGCCGUUUGGCCCCACGGCGUAUUUCACACUGUACAACGUGGUGAUGAGGCACGAUGUUCCCGACAUAGGCACCAUGUCCGAGGCCUAUCCACACCUCAUCUUCCACAACUUCACAUCGCGGCUCGGCAAAAGGGUUUCGAAUAUCCUCAAGUAUCUGUUUCCAGUUCCAAAAGAGGACAGCCGGCGCGUCAUCACAUUUGCAAAUCAGGAGGAUUACAUCUCCUUCAGGCAUCACACAUAUAAGAAAACGGACCACAAGAAUGUAGAGCUAACAGAAGUUGGGCCGAGGUUUGAAAUGAAAUUGUAUAUGAUCAAAUUGGGGACCCUGGAAAACGAGAGCACGGCGGAUGUGGAGUGGCGACAUCAUGCAUACACACACACCUCAAAGAAAAAAAGGUUUCUCAGUGUGGAAUAAAUGCAAUGUCUUUUU